AUGGCGGGACCAACUGAACCCUCCCUUUUGCAAAAAUUGGCCGCAAGGCUAAAUCGAGACCCUGGAAGUCCGGUCGAAAAGCCGACCGAGUCCUUUUGGCAGAAUCCUCGUCAUUCGUUUGCUGAUCAACAGUCGGAAACUUUACCCCAGGAAUCCGAUGUCGUUAUUAUCGGCUCUGGCAUUGCAGGCAUCAGCGUGGCACAGCAAUUGCUCCGUUUGCAGCCGUCACAGAAAAUCACUAUGCUUGAGGCCAGGUCAGCAAUAUCGGGAGCAACGGGCCGAAAUGGCGGACAUAUCAAAGCCGUCCCAUGGGCCGACUAUCAUGCUCUCAAGGAGAUACUCGGCAAGGACAGUGCAAUGAAGAUUACGAAAUUCCGACUUGCCCAUUUGGAUGCAUUUGUCCACGAGGCUGCUGCUCUGGGCGAAGCUGGUAAAGUUGGCUUGGUGCGACGUGUGGAGGGAGUGAGCGCUAUUUUCGACAAAGAGAGUUGGGAGUCGGCAAAGAUCAAGCUAGAAGCGUGGCUUGAGGACUUCCCGGAGCAUCGCGAAUAUUGGAGUGUGCAUGAGGGAGAGGAAGAGCUGAUGAAAUUCGGAAUCAUCAACGCCUAUGGUUGCAUCAAGGGUCCUGCCGGGGCGGCAUGGCCAUAUCGAUUUCUUGGUUGCGUACUGUCAAAUCUACUCACCAGCGGGCAGGUUGGCCUCGAAACGCACACUGUUGCAGAAGAAGUGCGUCGGAAUCAAUCCCAAAGUCACCCUUACGAAGUGCACACAACACGAGGCACGAUAUCAGCAAAACACGUCAUUCAUUGCACAAACGCGUACGCAGCGCAUCUGCUUCCCUUCCUGAAGGGCAAACUCUGGCCUCUAAGAGGGCAGAUGACGGUUCAGUCGGUACACGCAGACUUCCCACGACUUGGUGCCUCGAGAUCGUGGAGUACAAUGUGGGCAAGAGGCUUUGACUACAUCACACAAUCUCCUGGCGAAGAUGGCUCGCUGUACCUCGGUGGGGGAUUCUUCCAAGGUGGACCGGAGAAAGACGAGGACUUGGGAAACCCCGACGAUAGCCAGCUGAGUGCGCAAUGCCUUGAGCAUCUAGAGACAGUCCCGUCCAAAGCAUUUGCCCACGGAGCAGGCGCAACGGUCGAGAAGAAAUGGACAGGGAUUAUGGGAUUCACAGGAGAUGGGUUGCCCCUGGUUGAUCGUGUUGGAGAAUUCAUGUCUGGUCGAGCCGAGUGCGAUCCCGAAAUCGGUGGUGAAUGGAUUGCUGCAGGGUGGGAUGGUUACGGCAUGGUUCAUUGCUGGCUUGCUGGGAAGGCACUCGCACAUAUUGUGAUGGGACGCGAACACGAAGUUACCGAGUGGUUCCCAAGGGAUGAGUUUGGAUGCAGCAGGGAGAGGCUCAACCAGAUGAGUCCGGAAGGAGCCCUCAAACGGUUUCUUGGGCUGCUGGAGACAUAA